ACCUUUAACAAAAACUUAUCAAGAAGUUGUGCGUUCUCUUUUUAUGUCUUCAACAUCUUCCUCUGGAGCUAGCAGAAGACAGACUAUGAAAGACUUGCAGGAGGAAUUCUCAAACUUGUACAACAACAUUCGGUUAUUUGAAAAGGGAACAAAACACUUCACAGAUGAGACUCAGGCUAACCUUGCCAAACACCUGUUGAAGACUGUCUGUACAGACAUUACAAAUCUUAUUUUCAACUUCCUAGCAUCUGAGUCAAUGAUGACAACAGAAAAUUAUUCUGCAAUCACAAGUGAGGUCCGGACCAAGAUUUUAGGUAAACUGUCAGAAGACACCAGAGGUCCUUUAGCUAAACUGCAUACUUCUCUUAAUGGCAAGAGUGUAGAAGAUUUUCUUUCAUGCCUGGAUUCCGCAGUGGAUGUUUGUGGUAUUAUGGUGAAAAAAGGAGACAAAAAGAAGGAAAGGCAAGUCUUGUUUCAGCAUAGACAAGCUCUGAUUGAACAGCUGAAAGUCACAGAAGAUCCAUCUCUUGUUCUGCACCUGACAUCAGUACUGUUAUUUCAGUUUUCAACUCACUGUAUGCUUCAUGCACCAGGAAGAUCAGUACCACAGAUCGUUAAUUUCCUAAGUGGCAAGAUCCCAGAGGAUCAGCAUUCUCUGUUAGUCAAAUACCAGGGAUUAGUAGUGAAGCAAUUGAUCAGCCAGACUAAGAAAACUGAACAGGGAGAUGGUGGCACAACAGAUAACGUGGCCGAGGAGGAAGGAGCAGAUACGAUUCGAAAAGAGCUCCAGGAAUUCACUACCUCUAUCAAAGAUCUUGUUCUCAGACCUAGGAAAUCUUCUGUAACAGAGGAAUAA